AUGGCUUAUUCUCAGGUUUCAAUAAUACCGCGCGGUAAAGGACUCGGUUAUGCUCAGUAUCUACCUAAGGAGCAAUAUCUCUAUUCAACAGAACAGUUACUUGAUCGUAUGUGUAUGAUAUUGGGAGGGCGUGUAUCCGAAGAAAUUUUUUUUGGUCGGGUGCGCGAUCUCGUUGAUAUGGCUCAUAAAAGGACACGAGAAUUAUUGGACUCGAAGAAGGAGCAGAUUGAAUCUGUAAGGCUAUAA